GAGAAAUAUUUUUGUAAAUCUCCGUUCUUGAUUUCACUCGUAAACAUCCGUUUCAUUGCAUUCAAAUCGACACAGAACUUCUCAAAGCCCCAACAUUCUCGCCACAUAUAUACACCCUGGUCAAUAUCUUCUUCUCCAGCUCGUUUGUUAGCACUUGCUCAGCUCUUGAAGAUCCAAUUUUUCGCUCAAUUAUCUCUGGUUAAUCACCGUUUUCACCUCAGAACAUGAAAUUUUGAUGUGGGUGCUUCUCAGGACGUUAUAUGCACGGGGGUUGCUGUGUUGUUAUAAUUAGGUGAUUUUAAUGGGUGCAUUCACGAGUAAUCGAAAGCGUGGUGUUGAUUUUAAAUUUUCUUCAUUUCAAUUUCAUCAGCCAAAUUCGUGGUUACGGUCUGAUAAUCAUGUUACUAAGAAGCUUAAGUUUGCAGAGCCGAUGGGGACUCUAGAUGUUUUGGAGUCGGGCUCUGCUUCGAAAAAUGCAGCUAAUAGGCUACAUCAGUAUCCCUCGGGGAUUAAUUUGAUUAGAAGGCAGGUACAUGCCCCUUGUGGCAAUAAUAGGUUUGGGCGUUCGAGGGUUGUUAAUGGUAAUGUUAGUAGAAGAGAGGAUUAUGAUGCUUUGGAGGGUCUUGAUGAUAAGUAUUAUAUGUAUGAGAAGACUAAGAAUGAGGCAUUGGAUUCUUUGAGACUUGUGGGGAAAGGGAAGGAGGUGAUUGAUGUUGAUGAUUAUGUAGAAAAGGAGAAAGGGAAUGGUUGGGAGGAUUUGAGCGUUGAAGAUGUUGAAUUUGUUGAGAUUGGGAAGGAGAGUUGGAGAGAAGACGAGGGAAAGAUGAUGGAUAUAGAUAGGACUACAGGAGACCGGAGUUUUCAACCUUCGUGCUCUUCUGUAGUUUCGGAAGAUUUGCCUAAUGCAAAUUUAAAGUCAGAGAGUGCAGGGAAAGUGUUGGAUGUGGUCCCAAUGGAACGGGGUUUUGGUAUGCCUCAUGAACCUGUUUAUAGGAAAUUGUAUGAAUCAGCUGGUAAGCGUAAUAAGAAACUGGAUGAUAUAAAUUUUCAGAUUAAACUAAAUACGAAGUCCUUGUCUACACUUAAGCUGCGGCCUCCUGCUAAGAAACCCACCAAGGAAGUAGUAGUUAAAGAGCCUUUUGUGCCUCUUACCGAAGAAGAGCAGAAAGAGGUUAAAAUUGCCCUGAAUGCUAACUGGAGGAAAAUUUUGGUUACUCAUGAGAACUCUAACAUCGAGAUUACUGGAGAGCUAUUGCGUUGUUUGAGACCAGGUGCAUGGUUAAAUGAUGAGGUUAUCAACUUGUACUUCGAGUUGCUGAAAGAGAGGGAAAAGAGGAAUCCCAAACAGUUCUUGAAAUGCCAUUUUUUCAACACUUUUUUUUACAAAAAGUUAAUAGGCGGGAAAAGUGGCUAUGAUUUCAAAUCAGUUAGAAGAUGGACUACUCAAAGGAAGUUGGGAUACUGUCUCAUUGACUGUGACAAAAUAUUUGUCCCAAUUCACAAAGAAACACAUUGGUGCUUGGCAGUUAUCAACAAGAAAGAUGAGAAGUUCCAGUAUCUUGAUUCUCUUAAAGGAGGAGACCGACAAGUAAUGAAUGUCUUGGCUAAAUAUAUUGUGGAUGAGGUGAAUGAUAAGACUGGAACAUCAAUUAAUGUUAGUUCGUGGAAGCAAGAAUAUGUAGAAGACCUUCCGGAGCAGAAGAAUGGGUAUGACUGUGGCGUGUUCAUGAUCAAAUAUGCUGAUUUCUAUAGCAGAGACGUGGGACUCUGUUUUGACCAGAAACACAUGCCAUAUUUUCGACUGAGGACUGCCAAGGAAAUUUUGAGAUUAAAAGCAGAUUAAGUGUUUCAGUGUGCUUUUGUGAUUAUGCUACUUCAACUUACGAUCAUACUUUACAGUUUACAUCAAGCUUGCAUGCGGUGUAUUCCAAUGCAAAGAGAUCUUGCUUGAAAAUAGUGUUUUUCUUGUGUGGCUACCAGAGGGUUGACAAUUUGACUAGUAAUGGUACUGCAAUGUCCUAGUUUUUUUUAGAAAAGAAUUUAUAGUUGAAUAUUGGAUAUAAAUAUAUUUCCCCAACUUAUUGUAAAGCCAAGAGAAUUAAUUGUUGCCCUAGUAUUUUAUAUGUGUUGCUGUAUUAGCAUCAAAAUUUUGUGA